AAUUACUUGUUAGUACUGUGCCUCCUAGGACACACAUCGCCAGUGUUCUGCGUCUGCCCACAGAUGCAGAGGUCCCUGGAGCCGGCCAACCUGACCAGCGUGCAGCAGUUCGUCCUGCUGGGCCUGUCCACCAGGCUGAGCGGCAGGGACACCCUCUUUGCCGUCUUCCUGGCCCUCUACCUGCUCACCCUCCUGGAGAACACACUCAUCGUCUACCUCAUAUGCACCCAUGGUGAGCUCCGCAAGCCCAUGUACUUCUUCCUGGGCAACCUCAGCGGCCUGGAGAUGUGCUAUGUGUCGGUGACCAUGCCCACGCUGCUCGCAGGGCUGUGGACUGGGCCCUUCUAUGUUCCUUUUGCAGCCUGCAUGACCCAGCUCUUCUUCUUCAUCUCCCUCAUCUGCACAGAGUGCACCCUCCUGGCCUCCAUGGCCUAUGACCGCUGCGUGGCCAUCUGCCGCCCACUGCACUACCCGCUGCUCAUGCGGCCCCAGGUCUGCCUGGGCCUGGCCACGUCCUCCUGGCUGGGUGGGCUGGUGGUCUCUGUGGCCAAGACCACGUGCAUCGCCAGCCUGACCUACUGUGGCCCCAACAUCCUCAAUCAGUUCUUCUGCGACGUCUCCCCUCUGCUCAACCUGUCCUGCACCCAUGUGGCCCUCACGGAGCUGGUAGACUUCAUCUCCGCCAUCGUCAUCUUCUGGGGGACACUCCUGGUGGCCUUGGCCUCCUAUGUGGCCAUCGCCAUGGCUGUGCUCCGCAUGCCCUCAGCCGCCGCCAGGCACAAGGCCUUCUCCACCUGCGCCUCCCACCUGGCGGUGGUGGGCAUCUUCUACUCCGCAGCUCUCUUCAUCUACUGCCGGCCCAGCCGUAUCAAGUCCAUGGACCUCAACAAGGUGCUGUCGGUCGUCUACACGGUGGUCACGCCCCUGUGCAACCCGGUCAUCUACUGCCUGAGGAACAGGGAGGUGCACGCGGCCCUGCGGAAGGCACUGCGCUGGUCCUGAGCCUGGCCCUGCUGGACUUUGUCCUGCCUGACCCCAGCCUUACAUGGCCACAGGCGCCAAAAGGAACCUGGGAAAGCAAAGUAAAAGCCACAGGAAAUGCUCUGAUCUCUUAAUUACAAAACCUGAACUUCCUGAAAUAAUCAGUCUGUGGAAAACCAAGCAGCAAAGAUGAAGUGUAAGUGGCUGCUAAUCCACUUUGAAAAAUGCCAAGAAAUACGAAUUUAACAGUCCCACUGUUUCUAUCCCCGGAAGGCUGAUAGAUGUUUUCAAAGCAUGUCUUCACGUCCUCACAAACACAGGUGGACAUGUGUGUGUGAGCGGCCAGUGCUUCACUACCUGUAACACAAAAUAGCAGAAACGAGCUACAUGUUCAAGGCGGCUGAGAAAUAUUUAUUGCAUCAAUUCUGAGGUAAACAUUGCACUCUUAAGUAAAAAUACUUUUCUGUUAUGUCUCGGGAACUUACU